AUGGCAACAGCACCAACCCCAGAUCCCGUCUCUCCAGACGCCCUGGCCUGGGAGGCCUCAGCCCUCGCAGCCUUUGACGAGCUGGCGACGGCGCAGACAAAUCUCCAACUCCUAGACACGGCCCAUCGGAUGUGGUGCGGUCCUCGCUGCCCGCAAGACACCUCGUGCGCCUUUGUCCACUACCCGCGGUCCAAACAGCCCGCCGCGCCGGCCCGCGCCGCUCCAUCACGCUACAACAGAGACACGGCCCAUCUGUACUCCCUCAUGGGCGGCGACGGAUAUGUACCCGGCACGUCGCAGGCCCACCAGGUCAAUGUCUGGCCGCUGCUCGAGGCUGCGCUGGGCAGGGUCGACGGCGUCCGGGAGCGCAGCGGCGGCCUGCUGCUGUACUGCGACUACGCUGACUGGUCCAAGAAGCACGACCAGACGGCGGCGCAGUCGGUGCGGAGAGUUUGUCGCGACGCUCUCCAGUGGAAUGCGAGCUGGCUUGGGGCCGACUACGAUGCUAGCUUGCCUGCGCUGCAUUACAUUGCCUGUGCCACCAUCGUCGACGAUCUCUGUAUCCCUCCGCUGGACCUUUUGAACCAGCGCUUUCGUAUAUACGGACGCUCGGCCCGCGAUGUCGUCAAGGAGCUAGUCGACCAAGGCUGGGCGAGGGACGCCACGCACAUGUUGCUGGCCCUGGUCCGCCAGUACCUCUAUCAAUACACAGAAAAGGUCGACGUCGACUUCGGUGACGCCCAUGACACCGUCCACGCGGCGCUGAGUCGAUCCGGCGUGGUGUGGGAUAGCAUUUUAUACCGGACUCAUACUGCCAACACAUACGGCGCGGCCAUCGUCGUCGCACGUGUAUCAGGAUCCGGCCCACUGACCAACGGCUGGCUUCUCGACAGCUCCAUUUGCGACGUCAUGUCCAUGGACCUGUGCAAAUCGGUUUUGCGUAUCUAUCAGCAGGAUGAUUUCAUGCCCACGGCCGUCAUGGCACGGCAACAUCUAGACGCGCAAGAACUGAUCCGCCAGCGACAAGCCGGCUAUCACUCCGUCUACCUCGACCUCAUCGACGACCUCGUCAUCGGCGGCGCCCCAGAGCCCGUUGUUCAUUUUGGGCGAGCUGGGUUUCUGUUUGUCCAGAUCCUGGACCGGUAUCAGGAGCGCGCCGCUCGGCGUCGGUUUUCCAUUUCGCCGGCCAUGGAGGCCCAGUUGCACCGCAUUUUUGGGCACGACCCGACCGAUGCGUUGCUGGACGGACUGUUCCGUCUGCGCUGGUUGGCGAGUCCAGACUGCCCGUCUCGCCCCAACGUCUCUCCGGUCCUGCUGUCUGCGUGCCAGGCACGACGGCAGCAGCACAAGCUGCUUUACAUGAAUGCGUGGCCCCGCACUCCCACUUGCUCGCUGGCAGCACCAGACUCGGAUUUAUGCCGAAAGGCCCACGACUGGGUGACGGCGGUCCACUCCCUGGCGCGGCAAGCAGGCGGCCCAGACAACCUCACGGCGUUGCUCACCGCGGGGGAGCACAUGGCUGCUUCGCCUCUGACCAGGAGUCAGAUCGAGUCCCUCGGCCCUCCAGACGACAUAUGGGCACUGUGCGUGGCCUGCCAAAUCAACUGUGGUUAUGGCUGCGAGUGGCUAGCUUUUGCCCACUUGGCCUGGGGACGCUUCUGGUCUGCGCCCCAUAUCGCGCAGGGUUUCUGCACCGGCCCUGCUUUGAAAACAGAACGUCCCACAGGCGUCGAGGUAGCCUUGUAA